AUGAAAUUAUUAUUUUCAAUUAUUUUAUUAAUUUUUUCAAUAAAUUCGGUAUUUUCAUCAAGAAAUGAAACAAUUAUUUUAACUCCAUACAAAGAUUCAGAUUGCACAGAAUUUGGUGGUGGUGUUGGUUAUGGGUAUAUGCCUAAUGUACCAAAUUCGAAUAUAAUUAGAGUUUUUGGUAAUAUUUAUGAUACUUUUGAAUUCAAAGAAUCAUCAAAUGGUGAAAUACUUUUAAUGAAUAUUUUAGGAUCAAAUGGAAAAAUUAUCAAAACAGAGAGUUUUAAUAUAAAGAAAUGUCAAUACUCACAAUUUUUAAAAACCUAUUACUUGUUUGAUACAGAAAUUAAUAUCCCAACACCAUCAAUACAAUUUAAUCAAUGGGCCACUGGUUCAAAUAGUGAUAGUUUUAAUGGAGAAUGUAUGGUUGAUGUCUAUGAAACUUUUAAUUUCAUAGCAAAUGAUACAAUAAUUAAUUUACCAUAUAUUCAAUCAACCCAACAAUUUUAUUGCAUAAACGAUAGUCCAUACUUAAAAUCUUGUCAAGAAAAUUCAGGUUGCUACACAAAUCAAUUAACCUCAUGUUUUGAUGGUGAAUACAAAGCAACUUGUAUUAAUUAA